GGUACGUCCGCCACUCCGGCUCGAUGCUGCGAUGAUGAUGAUGAUGAUGACGAUGAGCGGUGGGGAAGCUGCGUCCGAUCUUGUUCAUGUGCUGGGAGGAGUCAGCAAAGCGCUGGUCAUGCCGUCGAGUGUGCGGGCCGGGAGCCUGAAGGACCCGGAGGUGGCUGAGCUCUUCUGCAGGGAGGAUCCUGAGAAGCUCUUCACCGACCUGAGGGAGAUUGGACAUGGGAGCUUCGGAGCUGUGUACUUUGCCCAUGACAUCCGCACUAAUGAGGUGGUGGCCAUCAAGAAGAUGUCUUACAGUGGCAAGCAGUCCAAUGAGAAAUGGCAAGAUAUCAUCAAGGAAGUGAAGUUCCUCCAGAAACUGCGGCACCCCAACACGGUCGAGUACCAUGGCUGCUACCUGAGGGAGCACACGGCAUGGCUGGUGAUGGAGUACUGCUUGGGCUCGGCUUCGGACCUUUUGGAAGUCCACAAGAAGCCCCUCCAGGAAGUGGAAAUAGCUGCAAUUACCCAUGGUGCACUGCAGGGACUGGUCUAUCUUCACUCUCACAACAUGAUUCACAGGGAUGUGAAAGCAGGAAACAUCUUGCUCACAGAGCCCGGUCAAGUCAAACUGGGAGACUUUGGUUCUGCGUCCAUUGUCGCUCCGGCCAACUCUUUUGUAGGAACACCUUACUGGAUGGCACCCGAGGUGAUCCUGGCCAUGGAUGAGGGUCAGUACGACGGAAAGGUGGAUGUGUGGUCACUUGGCAUUACCUGCAUAGAGCUGGCGGAACGGAAGCCUCCUCUCUUUAACAUGAAUGCUAUGAGUGCCUUAUACCACAUCGCACAGAAUGAGAGCCCCGUGUUGCAGUCGAAUCACUGGUCAGAUUACUUCCGCAAUUUUGUGGACUCGUGCUUGCAGAAGAUUGCCCAGGACAGACCUACCUCCGAUGUGCUGCUCAAGCAUCAUUUCCUAUGCAGAGAGCGUCCCAUGACCAGCGUGAUGGACCUCAUUGCACGCACCAAGGACGCUGUCCGCGAGCUGGACAACCUUCAGUACCGGAAGAUGAAGAAAAUCCUUUUCCACGAGGCACACAAUGGACCCGCACCUGAAGGGGCUGAUGAGGAAGAGGAUGUGGAGCAGUACAUGCUGCGCACGGGCACAGUCAACAGCAUGGAAAGCUCCCACUCGCUACCGUCCAUGUCCAUCAGCGCCAGCUCCCAAAGCAGCUCGGUCAACAGCCUGGCCGACGGCUCGGACGACAGCGGCGAGAUGGCCAUGAUGCAGGAGGGCGAGCACACCGUCACCUCCAACAGCUCCAUCCUGCACAAGCCCCUGAGCCACGACAACAUCUAUGAUGACCCCUACCAGCCGGAGGUGGACUUGCAACGAGAUGCGUCAUCUGUCAGUGGAGGUGGGGCCGGGGGAGGUGGAGGUGGUGGAGGAGGCGGGAGGCGCCGUCGAGGCCGUGAUCAUUUCGCCACUAUCCGGACUGCCUCGCUCGUCACCCGCCAGAUCCAAGAACAUGAGCAGGGGUCGGCGCUGAGAGAGCAGAUGUCUGGGUACAAGCGUAUGCGUCGGCAGCACCAGAAACAGUUGAUGGGUCUUGAAAACAAACUAAAAGCGGAAAUGGACGAACACCAGUUGAGACUGGACAAGGAACUGGAGAACCAGAGGAACAGCUUCUCUAUGGAGGGUGAAAAGUUGUGCAAGAAGCACUCUGCCAUCAUGGACAAGGAGACUAAGGCGGUCCUGACCGAGGAGAAGAAGUUCCAGCAACACAUACUCGGCCAGCAAAAGAAGGAGUUGACGAGUCUGCUGGAGUCGCAGAAACGACAGUAUCGACAGCGCAAAGAACAACUCAAAGAGGAGCUGAACGAGAACCAGUCGACGCCAAAGCGGGAGAAGCAAGAGUGGCUGGUGCACCAGAAGGAAUGUCUGCAGCAGCUCCAGGCGGAGGAAGAGUCGGGCCUGCUGAGGAGGCAGAGGCAGUACUAUGAGCUCCAGAGCCGCCAGUACAAGAGAAAGAUGCUGCUGGCACGCCACAACCUGGAGCAGGAUCUCCUCCGAGAGGAGCUGAACAAGAAGCAGACGCUGAAGGACCUGGAGUGCGCCAUGCUGCUGCGCCACCACGAGUCCACACAGGAGCUUGAGUUCCGCCAGCUGAGCCUGGUGCAGCGCACCCGCGCCGAGCUGAUCCGCACCCAGCACCAGACGGAGCUCACCAACCAGAUGGAGUACAACAAGCGGCGCGAGCAGGAGCUGCGCCAGAAGCACGCCGUGGAGGUCCGACAGCAGCCCAAGAGCCUCAAAUCCAAAGAGCUGCAGAUAAAGCGUCAGUUCCAGGACACGUGCAAGAUCCAAACCCGCCAGUACAAGGCCCUGCGGAACCACCUUCUGGAGAACACGCCCAAAUCGGACCACAAGGCCGUGCUCAAGCGCCUGAAGGAUGAACAGACACGGAAGCUGGCCAUCCUGGCCGAGCAGUACGACCACUCCAUCAAUGACAUGCUGUCCACGCAGGCUCUACGAUUGGACGAGACGCAGGAGGCAGAGUACAAGGUGCUGCGUAUGCAGCUGCAGCAGGAGCUAGAGCUGCUCAACGCCUACCAGAGCAAGAUCAAGAUCCACACGGACACGCAGCAUGAGCGGGAGGUCAAGGACCUGGAGCAGAGGGUCUCCAUCCGACGCGCGCUGCUGGAACAGAGGAUCGAGGAGGAGAUGUUGUCCCUCCAGAACGAGCGUUCGGAGCGCAUCCGCACCCUCCUGGAGCGUCAGGCCAGCGAGAUUGAGUCGUUUGACUCCGAGAGUUUACGUCUGGGCUUCACCGGCAUGUCCCUCGCGGGCCUCCCGGGCGACGCCUACUCCAAACAGGGUUACCCCAACGCGCCGCCCCCGCCCCCCCACUCUGCCAGCCACUGGAGCCACGGGGUGCACCCACAGGGCGCACCCCCGCCACAAGCAUCACGACGCAGCCACAACAGCAGCAGCGGCGGCGGUGGAGGAGGAGAACGAGGGGAGCGAAGGAGCGACUCCUCGUCCUCGCACUUGGCAAUGGCCCUGGCGAUGGGGAGGAAUGGGGGGAGGGAGGCGCACCACUCGUCUCAUUCUUCCUCUUCUUCGUCGUCGUCCUCCUCUUCCUCCCACCACCAGCGCCACCAUCUCCCCCAGCACUACCACCACCAGAGCACACCCCAAUUGUACCGUGAGCGGGAGCGGGAUAGGGACCGGGAACGGGAGAAAGAAAGGGACUGGCCUGGAGUGCGAGGACCCGGCGGAGAUCUGGUCCACCCUCUGCCCUUGCCCUUUUCCCAUCACCUGCCCUCGCGCUCCUCAUCCCAGUCCCUCGCCAUGCUACCUCCGCCACCCCCGGCCCCGCCGUCCAUCUCUGGCCCAUCCUCCUCCUCGUCUUCCUCCUCGUCCUCGCAGGGGGGGGUCUACGGGGGCAUUCGCGCUGCCCCCAGCCUGAUGGCCCUGAGAAACAGCCCCCAGCCUCUGAGGAGGACGGCGUCCGGCGGGGGACCCGGGGCGGCCACCGGCCCCGAUGGCGUCCUAAGCCGAAGCACCUCCGUCACCUCGCACAUCUCCAAUGGCUCACACCUCUCCUACUCCUAGGCGAGGGGUUCUCAAACUUUCCAGGGACACCUUACAGGGGAGAUUUUUUUUUUUCCCCAAGGACCCACUCAUAAUCCAAACGACAGUUAAACUAUUUAAAAAAAAAAAAGACUAGUUCCAAAAUAGAGAAUAUAGUUCACCCCUGCUAUAUACAGCUCUGGAAAAAGAUGGCGGAAACACAUUUUUUUUCUUUUAGGCAAGGCUGUGGCCUGACCAUAUGAGCCUCCUCCCUUCAUGUCAACAUUUCCUGGGCUCCAAAUGGCGCCGAAGCAAUAUAUCUAUUUUUUUUUUUUACUAAUGACUUUGGCAUGAGCACAAAAACGGCAUGUCGGUUAGUUUUUCUUUCGUCACUAAGAAAAUAGGGUUAUUUUCUCUCAUUCUCAAAAGCAAGACUUUACUUCUGUAUUACGACCAUUUUAAAAGACACUCGAGAUUACCGUGGUAAUACAGUGGUGCCUUGACUUAAGUGUUGUUUAAAUACAAGCCGCCCGUCGCUCAAUAGAUCUUUUUUUUUUUUAACCUUGCGAGCCAAAUUUUAGUUUGGCAACUAGUGAAGAAUUCUUCACAUUUCAAUUUUGAGGCUUCAAGCUCUUUCCCGGUUGAGAUUUUCUGUCAAACGAAACAUAAAAUGAAGACAAUUACAUUCUGAAUGUAAAACAACCGCAUUCCUUUUCCUUAGAAAUGAUUGCUAGCAUAAUACGAACACACAAUGCAUCGAUGGGCUUGCCACCUAGAAUCCUUUAAGUAACAGAUAUUUACAGGCAUGUGUUUGUUAUCCUCUGCGAGAAACGACUUUUGAAAUUCUUGGUUGCAAAAACCUUUCUUUGGUUAGAUGUCUUUGUUCUGCUUCCUCCUGGUGGCCAAGAAGCAGAAGGUAGUGCUGGAAUAGAAUAAGUGCGUUUCAGUUCCUGUCUGCGGAACAAUGUUUCGACUUACAUAUGUGUCAUGGAACCAAUCAAAUUCAUGAAUCGAGGCACCACUGUACAUCCCAAGUUACAUUGACCUCAUUAUUUUUGGCCAAACCCCAGGGUUCCCCGAGCCCCAGUUUGAGAACAACCGUCCUAGCCCGAUUUGGAGCAGAAGCUAUUACAGGCUGCGUCUCGAUGCCGAUGUCGUCUUGCCACGAGGACAUCGGUGGACACGGAAGGCAAAGCCAGGCCCCUUUUUGAGCUGCAACCUGCUCCCUUUAUCCACUCAGGUUGGGAGAGAGGAAUGUAACACACCACACAACAAGCAAAAGAGUGUUUUUUUAGCUGCAGAUUCGGCUUGUCUUCUUCUAUGAUGUUCCACGUUGGAAUGGAGAAACAGAGAAGACAGCGAGAAAGGACAAGAGCCACUUGGUUGUUGUUUUUGGUGUACGCGUUGUACUUGUACGUAGUGUCCAGAUAUAUAAGCACCGCUAAUUCAAUCUCCGGGAACGAAGAAAACAAAAAAAGAGUUGCUAAAAUAGGUCCACUUGAGGCUAUUUAAAAGAAGAAAAAAAAAUCCUGUUAUUUAAUGUUUUGUUCAUUUUUUGUAUUAAGUGUUUGGGGUUUAAAAAAAAUGUUGCUUCGAACGUCACCAAUGCCUUUAAGGGUUUCUUAAAGGGAUGUCAUGUCAUCAAAAUGUGUAUCUGAUGACCACAGCUGAAUGUUUGUAAAGAGGAGAAAGUAGUGUACAAAGAAGCAAGAUGAUAUGAAUAACUCCGGCAGACGUGACGUAUUGAGUAUCUUAACCGCGUGUAGGCGUCACUUCAGUGCAUGAGCUCGAUGUGCAAAGACAUUCGUAAGCAUCGCCAAACCUAUUUGCAAUGUAACGUAGCCAUCUCACCGCGCCACAUUUUGGGAUCUUUAUUGUAUAUAUUUGUGUGGAAUAUUAUAAGCCGGUUUUAUAGAGUUACGCAGAUGCCGACAAGUAAUUUUGAUAUACCGUAGUGUAUUCAAAUAAGUGUUGGAUUCCAAGAUUUCAGAGCAAACGACUUCAAAUGCAUUUUCAAGAGUUGUCAAUAUGACCCUUGGCGAUCCUGAUUGUAGCUGUCGUCGUAUCAUGUUCUCACUAUUUCAACCUGCGAUUGCAAAACUGUAAGAAAAAAAAAUGUCAGGUAUGGUUUGAGAUAUUAAUGGUUAUUAAUAAGGGAUUAUUGAUAAUUGUUAAUGAUUUAUGUUUGUGUGUUGAACAGUGAAGUCUUGUCAUGUUGCCACCUUUUGAAAGACAGUUUAAGUGAAAAGACACCGCGGCACCCUGUUGCAGAUACAUUCACACCGUACGUUUUCUGUUUCAUUUCAGGUAGCGUAUGGACACACGGGAAGCUGUCGGAAUUUGAUAGCUUACCUAAGCUCGGCUCUGACUUGAGCAUCGUAAUCGUCCGCUUGAAGCCUUGAACAACCUCGAGUCGGCACAGGUAACGGUUCGCUCUCUGAAGAGUCCGCCAAAUUGGACUCCUGCUGUAGGAGUGUGCUGAUUUGCUGAGAGCAAACCGUGCAAAGGCCAUGAUGCUUCUCCAACUGUCGCGCCCCCCCCCCCCCCCAGGGGGGGGCAGGUUGCAGUUCGAGAAGCGCUGACGGCAGGUGAAGGGCAUGCUUAGAAAAACUGCUCAGCUGUCAAAUGCUGGUGGCCUCAUGUCAGUUGGAAUGACCUCUCUCUCUCGCGCUCUCUAUCUAUAUAUAUAUAAAAUUUCAGGAUGAACCUAAAAUGCAUUUUAACCUCUAAAAAGAAGAGUGAAGUCAAUCAAGUGUUUGAUCGAUGAUAAUGUCCCCUUGUAUUCCUUUCUGUGACUCUUCCAGUCUCUCUGUUGCGGUCUGCUGAUGACACUCUUGUCAACCUAUAAACUCAAGUGUUCACUUCCAUGGAAAUGUUGAUCAUUUGUUAGGUGUCUUGACCUUCAUGAUGAAGAGGGCUGUUUGAUUGUCAAUUGUGAUUAAACCAUCAAAUGUAUUGGUACAGGUUGACUUUAAAAGCUGACAUUCUAUGUUCAUCCUGAAAUUUCACCCCAAAACAGAAUGAACUCGGACCUCCUCCGUUUUUUUUUUUUGGUAGUGUUUUAAUUUCAGGGCCACACACAAAGCACACGAGGAGAACAUUGAAAAGGAGGUCAUGUGGACGGAAGAGGGCCAGGCCUCAACUGAGCCGCUGGCUCGGUCACUUCCGAGCCAGUGGCAGUGACGUGAGCAGCCUGUCAGCCCGCGCUUGUUAUUGAUAAGGUCUUGGUGACGCUGCUGAUGCCCAAAAGGUUCUUUCCUCUGCUCACAUGGCCUGUCCAAAACCCUCCCAGGAGGCCCAAAGGGACAAAUCUGAAUCGGACUGGAAAAUCGAAUUGCCGCCGCCGUCGUUGGUUUUGACUUUGCAACACCAGCUCAAGACAAUUUAGUGUGUAAUGCUUCAUUUGGAGUCUUGGUGGAUGCAUGCGUAAAAGACUCCUAAUUGAAACAAAGACUUCCAAACCUAUCAACAUACUCGUUUCUGUCCGGAGAAAAGUGUGGCGGUGUUAGUGGACUUGUUUGUGUCAACUUGGCAGAGGCAGAAUGAAGUCACAAGACAUGCAGGUUUUGUUUUGAAUAUUCCGGUCAAGCAUUCUGGGCUCCGGGGUUAAAUGUAUGUUGGGAAUGAAAUGGGGCACUUUGAACAAAAAGAUAAUAAAUUGCUAUUUACACACGAA